GUGACGAUGUUAUGGAUCAUCGUCAGUGUUCAAUAUGAAGUCGCCACAGAUUACAUAACUAACACCGUCGAUGCCCUUCGUUACCAAGACCCCCUAAUAGGCCAAAUAGUGACCAAUGGCUGGCUGGCUGUGGACACGUUCCUCUUCCUGGGGGGUCUUCUCGUCACCUACCGCCUCCUGCCCUUCGCCGUGCCCUCCAGACCUAUGCGGGCGGGGCAGAUGUUCGCCCUCUAUGCUAAGAACUUCGUCAGGAGGUUUUUUAGAUUAUCCCCAGUUCUUCCCUUCUUCUCCGCGACUCUUCUGCGCUUCUUCGCCGCGGGCCCAAGAGCGGAUGUUCUGACGUCCUUCAAGAGCGGACCGCUUGACGCACUGGUGGAAGGAUCCGCUCUUCGGUAA